AUGCACCAGCUUAUUAGCUACCUACCCCACCAUGCCCUGAGGGACUUGGCUAAGAAACAUGGACCUUUGAUGGACUUACAACUUGGUGAAGUUUCCACCAUUAUUGUUUCUUCCCCAGAAACUGCCAAAGGGGAGCUUUUUACUGCAAAACCUGUCCAAUUCUUCCAAUCCAUCAGAGAAGAAGAGGUAUCAGGUCUUGUUAGAUCAAUCUCUUUGAACAUAAGGUCGCCAAUCAAUCUUGCUAAGGAGCUUUUCACUUCUAAUCCGCCAUUAAUUUUUCUUACUGAUGACAUAAAAGUGGUUUUUGGAACAAUGGUACAUCGGGUAAUGUCAGAAAUGCUGAAAAACCCUCAAAUAAUGAAAAAGGCCCAGGCUGAGGUGAGACAGACCUUUGAGACAAAAGGGGAAGUUGAUGACAUCGGCAUUCAUGAAUUAAAAAUCUUGAAGUUAGUUGUCAAAGAGACUCCAAGAUUGCACCCUCCUGCUCCUUUGUUGCUUCCAAGAGAAUGUGGAGAGAGAUUUGAGAUUAGUGGAUGUGAUGAUAUACCAUUAAAUCCAAUGUCUUUGUUAUUGCAUGGGCAACUGGAAGAGAUGGAGGCAUUGAACUCAACCUGA